UCAUGCAGGAGUUCUUGCGCGCGCAGUCACUGUCGUCUCCGCGCUCCCGGAUUGCAACGUCGCCAAAUGGAUGUGAAUAGUCGUUUCCAGUUUUAGAUCGACUCAGGAUUAGCUUGUGUGUUUUGAUUUGCUCGGUACAGCGCGUUGUUGUGUCGAGAGAGCACUUUGGAGAGCGAGGGCAUGGUACAGGAGACGGCAGGGGCACCUGUUUUGUUUGGGAAAGGAUCUUCAGCUUGAGGUGAAGGAUGCGCGCCUGCCAUCAUCUAUAAUGGCAGAAGGGGAAGUUUUAAGAAAUCUCACUUUCGACAGGGUUGAGCGAUGUAUGAGUGUGAUGCAGUCAGGUACUCAGAUGGUGAAACUGAAGAAUGGCUCCAAGGGCCUGGUUCGCCUCUUCUACCUGGAUGAGCAUCGCUCCUGUAUCCGCUGGAGGCCUUCCCGCAAGAGUGAGAAAGCCAAGAUCACCAUUGACUCGCUCUACAAGGUUACCGAAGGGCGACAGAGUGAUAUCUUCCAUCGGCAUGCUGAUGGGAACUUUGACCCUGGAUGCUGUUUCACCAUUUACCAUGGCAACCACAUGGAUUCUCUGGAUUUGGUGACAUCCAAUGCAGAGGAAGCAAGGACGUGGGUGACAGGACUAAGGUACCUGAUGGCGGGCAUCAGUGACGAGGACUCGUUGGCCAAAAGACAGCGAACCCAUGAUCAGUGGAUGAAGCAGACGUUCGAGGAGGCUGACAAGAACGGAGACGGGCUUUUGAACAUUGAUGAGAUCUACCAGCUGCUCCACAAGAUGAACGUCAACCUGCCUCGUCGCAAAGUGAAGCAGAUGUUCCAGGAAGCCGAUACAGAUGACCAGCAGGGAACGCUAACGUUCGAGGAGUUCAGCGUCUUCUACAAGAUGAUGUCUUUAAGGCGAGACCUCUUUCUGCUGCUCAUGUGCUUCAGUGAGAAGAAAGAUCACCUGACAGCCGAGGAGCUCGGGAACUUCCUGCGAGUGGAGCAAAAGAUGUCUAAUGUGACAACUGAGUUCUGCCUGGACAUCAUUGAUAAGUUUGAAGUGUCUGAAGAAAACAAGCAGAAGGGCAUCCUGGGUAUUGAAGGUUUCACGAAUUUCAUGCGCAGUCCAGCGUGUGACGUCUUUAACCCUCAGCAUAAUGAAGUUAAUCAGGACAUGGACCAGUCGCUGUGUAAUUACUUCAUCGCUUCUUCUCAUAAUACCUAUCUGACAGGAGACCAGCUCCUCUCACACUCCAAAACAGACAUGUACGCCUGGGUCCUGCAGGCCGGCUGCCGCUGCGUGGAAGUGGAUUGUUGGGAUGGUCCAGACGGUGAACCCAUGGUACAGCACGGCUACACCCUCACCUCCAAAAUCACCUUUAAAUCUGUCAUCGAGACCAUCAACAAAUAUGCCUUCAUCAACAACGAAUACCCAGUCAUCCUGUCUAUUGAGAACCACUGUAGUGUCCAGCAGCAAAAGAAGAUCGCUCAGCACCUUAAGGAGAUCUUUAAGGAGAAGCUCGACUUGGGAGACAUUUUGACCAAGGACUCCAAACAGCUGCCCAGUCCCAACAGUCUGAAGGGCAAGAUCUUAAUUAAGGGGAAGCGUCUGCCCCCGUAUCUGUCUGCAGAUGCCGAGGAGGGGGAGGUUUCAGACGAUGAUAGUGCAGAUGAGAUCGAGGAUGAUUUCAAACUGAAGAACAACACAUCUAAUGGACCUACGCAGCACAUAGUCGAGUCCCAAAUCAGGAAGAAGCUCGACUCAUUGUUAAAGGAGUCUCAGAUUGUAGACAAGGAGGACACAGACAGCUUCUCUAUCCGAGCUCUGCUCCGAGCUACACACGAAGGGCUGCACAAGAACCUGAGCAAGAAUUCCAAAGAAGGCAUGAAGAAGUCUCAGAGCCGAUCCUUUAUAAGCAACCUCAAGCAGAAGAGACACUCCAAAUCAAGACUGAAAUGUCAGAGCGUGGACACAGAUGACGAUGGACAGGACACAGGAGGACAGUUCAACAGGGGUGGACGGAGGAGGAAGACAAUAAAGCUAAGCCGAGACCUAUCUGAUUUGGUCAUCUUUACAAAUUCUGUGGUGUCUCAGGAGUGUCUGGAUGAGGGUCCUGUUUGUAACGUGCUGUCAUUCAGCGAGACACGAGCACAGCAGCCGGUGCACCACCGGGCCGAACGCUUCCUGAGCUUCAAUCAGCGCCAGCUCUCACGGAUUUACCCCUCCGCCUACCGCAUCGACUCCAGCAACUUUAACCCUCAGACAUACUGGAACGUGGGUUGCCAACUGGUGGCCCUGAACUAUCAGACUGAAGGCCGAAUGAUGCAGCUGAACCGGGCGAAGUUCAUGGUGAAUGGAGGAAGUGGCUACGUCUUGAAACCCCCACCCAUGUGCAGUGGUUCCUUUAAUCCGUACAGUGAUGACCCUCUUCCAGCGUAUCCUAAAAAACAGCUGAUACUGAAAAUCAUCAGUGGCCAGCAGCUCCCUAAACCACCUGACUCCAUGCUGGGUGAUCGAGGAGAGAUUAUUGACCCCUUUGUGGAGGUGGAGAUCAUUGGUCUUCCAGUGGACUGCUGUAAAGAACAGACCCGGGUUGUUGAUGAUAAUGGAUUUAACCCGGUGUGGGAGGAAACCCUAUCAUUCACGCUGCACAUGCCUGAGGUUGCACUAGUCCGUUUUCUAGUUUGGGAUCAUGAUCCUAUAGGGCGAGACUUUGUGGGGCAGAGGACAGUCGCCUUCACCAGCCUCAUGCCAGGUUAUAGACACGUCUACCUGGAGGGCAUGAUGGAGGCAUCCAUCUUUGUCCAUAUCUCAGUGCACGAUAUCUACGGCAAGUGGAGUCCCUUAGUCCUCAAUCCCAGCUAUACCAUAUUGCAUUUUCUAGGAGCUAACAAGGGUCGUCAGUUACGAGGUUUCCGGGGUUUGUUCAGCAAGGGCUCCAAGUGCUCUGUGGACACACAAAUUGGUGUUCUACCACGUAAACGCUCUUUGAGUAACCACCUGUUGCGCAGGACAGCUAGUGCUCCUGCCAAAGGACGCAAGAAGACCAAAAUGGUACUGUCUGAAACCUCACUGGACAAGGAGGAAAGCAGCAAUGGGGAUCUCAAGCAACAAGCUGUGGAGAAAGUGGGUCGCAGGAUGGGCCUCCAGCACCGGCCGGUCUCCAUGCCUCUGGAGAGGCUCCUACAGGGUAGGCUUACUGUAUCCUCCUCUGAGCAAGAGGGACCUGACACUGGUGCCAGCACAAUAACUGAAUUCUUCUUGGAGAAGCCAAGAUCUGCUUCUGUGGAUCUCUUCAUUGAAACCUCUGUCCCUGAUGUCCUUGACAGCAACUCACACCAUACCCAACAGAUCCAGCAAGGAACCACAGAGUGUACAGAAACAGAUGGAACUUCAUACUUUGUUAUGGGAAGAUGUGGUGAAUCUAGCACUGAUGUCCUUGCAGAACCCCUUGGCCAUAGUCUGACCCUGCCAACCAAAACUCCUUCUCAAAGGCCUGCACAAGGUCAUUUGAGUCUCUUGGAUCAACUUGACUGUCAUGUUAGUUUGCAGACUGAGAUCCACCAAAGGGAAGCUUCUACACUUAACAAAACAUCCAAAGCAGCUUCACAUGAUAUAUCUUCCACUUCUGACAAUGUCACGUCUCCCCUUCCACUCACAAUGUGUCAGUCUAGCCAGCAGGAACCGAAGUCAUUUCAGGACAGUGCUCUGUCUCACCUCAUUGAUGCUGUGUCCCUAGGCAAUGAGUAUGACUCAUAUGGGUCUAUAUCAGCUCUUAUUGGUCAGUUUGAAAUGACUGCUGAACAGAGUAACUUAAAUCUGUCCUCGGGACCCCAACCCAAUCACUUAACACACACAAUUAACAACCAACUAUUUAGCACCCCACAAAAAAUGAUCCAGGACUUGUCACAAAAAGCCCAUCAGCCUGUUGAGAAACAUCUCCAUUGUAGUCCUGAGACCACUGAAUCAACUGUCUUCACAAUUCUAGAUGAGCAAGUGCUUUCUCCUGUUCCUGUGUGUGACAUUCCUGAUGAGACUAUCUGCAACAACUUAGAGAACUUGGACUGUACAUAUUCAGGUGGCAGCAGAGAUUCCCCUUUUACCAAGGUAACUUUUGGAAGAACAGUAAAAGAGAACAGUGGAUGGGAAUCUCAUGGAGGCAAAAGCUACAAGCCCCAGUGCCAGACCUCUGAGUUUUUAAGAAACUGGGAAUAUGGUUGUUACAAAGACACCUCGAUAAACAGUACAGCCUCAGAGCGUUUUCUUAUCUGUCAUGACUCUGCUAGCAGCAGCUUGAUGGAGGUGGAAGUCAAUGUGGAUGGAGAACCCUUGGAUACAACCUUGACUCCGGUACCAUCACAUCAUGAGUCAGUACAGAAUUCUAUUUACUUACCACCUGCAAUGAGCAAACAUCUAUAUAAACACACAGAGACUUCACUUUUCCAAUCGUCAUCUCCACACAAGCCUUUUGUUUCCAGCACUCAUCAGCAUGACUACCAAAUCAACCAGCACCAGACAGAGCAGUGUAACAGAAGUACUGCUGUUUUUUCUGAACAUUAUAAGCCUGGUGGGUACAAUGGGGUCACUUAUAGUAACAGGCACUUUGAGACUAUGGACAUGAAUGGUAUGAUCUGCAAGACACAGCACUUCCAAAAUGGGUUUCCUUACUCAAAUUGUCUUUUAAGGUCUCAAGACAACAACUUAAAACCACAGAAUGGCUCCUACAUGCCUGGGUCUGAUUGUGAUAUGAUCUAUAGCUCUGUGGAAUACAGAGAUACUGUUUUUCCACCUAAGCAAUAUUCAAAGUCCUUGCAACAAAACCAGGCUUUGAAACCAACCCAAUCUGAGAUAUACAAAGGGAUCUACCUUGUUGGAUCUCCAGUUCAAACAGCUCCAAGUCCUUGUAAGUCCAAGAGCUUGGGUGACUUAACGUCUGAGGAUAUCUCAUGCAACUUUCAGAGCAAAUACAAGGUCAUCAGUCGCAGCUUCAUCACUCCAGCCAUGCGAGACCAGAAACGGAUGCGUGGCCGGGCCAAUCAGACCCAGGCUUCAGACCCCCUGACAGAACAGCUUCGUAAACUGGUGACUUUAGAUGAGGUGGACCCUCAUCCCAACCCCUCUCAACGACAACCUAACCCAAAGUCUCUCUCAGUGUUCCCACCAGUGAGACUGAAUACUGUAGUUUCUACAGAGGACCCAAACAACCCUCCUCCAUUCCUGUCACGAAAGCUUUCUUCACGUAGUCAGAGUCGCGUACGUCACAUAGCCACUCGUGCCCGAGAGAGGCAGCAGGAAGCACUCAAACUACGACCUGCUGGGGUUUCUCCUGAUGUGGUUCUCCGCAAUAAAACAGUCUCCUCUCAAAAUCCCCUCAUCAAUAGGCAUUCCACUGGCUCGUACAUUGCUGGGUACUUGGAGCAGGUAGGGCUGGAGGACCGUGGCCUGCCUGAGGGAUCCUGCAGGACACUUUGUUAUGGCUACAAUGAUCAGAGUUAUGCUGAUGACUCUGUGAUCCCUCAUAAUUCCUGUCCUUCUUCUGAGCCUGAGGUCUACUUCCUUCUAAGACUUUAAAUUAUCUUCCUGAUUUGCCUGUAUCCAAAUUUGCUGCCAUUGUGAAUUCUCUUACAGUUUUUAAAUAUUUCUUAGACCAUAAGGCUGUACUUGUGCUUUCAGAAUACACACUACCAGCUCCUCUUCAACAAAAAAUAGCGCACUCUUAAGCACAAGUACAGAUAUUGUAAAAGAUCUAAAUCAAAGCUUCCAGUAUUGUGUAAAUAUUGCCAUAUAUCCUGGACAAGCAAGUUCCUGUCUUAGAUGCACUACAACAAAUUAGCCCAAGUCAAGCUUUUAAAUGUUGUUGUUUGCAAUUUGUAUUGUAGAAAUAACUUUAAGUUAUUGAGUUUAAUGAUGGUUGUUUUUUGAAGACAUUUCUCUUUUAGUCUUUUGUUUGUCCCUUUUUAAAUGGUUCUUAACUGAUUAGAGGGGCUUCCAUUCUGAAAUCUACAAUUUGUUCACUUUUCUUGUAUUUCUUUUUGUUAUUUGUCUAUGGCGUUUGUAUAUACAUUGACAUAUUUGGCAAAUGUACCCCUAUUUAAGGCCCUAUGGGUUUUAAAUUUGAUAAUGAUAUGUGUUGUUGCAGCAUGUGAACUGUGGACAUAUUCAGCAUGACUAUGCACAGAUAAUAGGUAGAUGUGUCUGUGCCCUGUUUACGUAAAAACUUUUACUUCAUUCCAUGAACAGAGAGCAACACAAGAAAAAAAAAAGAUAGCUGGUUUUUGCGUACGCUUUCUUUUAGGCAUGAAUUCAUUUAUUACAAACACUACUUCAGCUUCAAUGGAAAAAACCCUGUGAGGUUAAAGUUUUUAUUUUUGUAAUUGUUUUGAUACAGAUAGCAAAAAAAAAAAAAAAAUGACACUUGAUGGUCUGAUUAUUGUCUUUCUUUUAGAAAGGAAGCAUUUCACAGUACUAGCACAACUAGCCUGAGGCAGUUUCAGGUCCGAGUUAUUAACUGAACCAGUUUGCGUUUUUUGAGUUUCGUUGUUUAAAGGGCAUUUUAUUUUUCUGUUGAUUUUUGUUCAUAAAAUGCUCUUGAGCAUUUUCUUACAAAUGCAAUAAAGUACUG